AUGCCAACACCAACACCCGUACCUUCAUACAAGCCACCCAAAGAUAUUCAAGAUUUUUUGAGCAAGAGAGAGCAAACAAAUAUACGCAAGAGAACUGCUGUUUUACCGAAGCGUUCUUGGAUAAAGCGCAAUCCGCGGCUAUUUCAAAUAACUUUUUUGACCUCAUCAUUGCUUAUAUUUUUCUCUAAACCACUGUACGACGCAUUCAUAGCGGACCCUUUACCCUCGAAGGGCAUUGUACCAGCACAUAAACGUUAAGGCAUGGAAUCUGUACGCAAGGCCAAUAUCCGACUACGUAACUAUCCAUUACUGCUGACAAAGUGUUCAGAUAAAGCGACACUAUAUGCGAAGUGCGUAUCUCGGGAUAUUAAUGUGCAUCAGAAAGUUUGCGAAGCCGA